AUGAGUACCACUGCCCAACCAUACUAUGAUUGUAUCCGUAAAACUCUCGAGGCUGCCUUGUGUCUUGAGAACUUCCCAUCCCAAUUGAUCGAAAGACACAACAAGCCAGAAGUUGAAGUUGGUAUGAGCAAGGAGUUGUUGCUCAACCCAGUGGUUAUCAGCAGAGACAAGUUCGACAGAUGUAUGAUUGAAGGAUCUAUCAACUCGGUCAGAAUCAGUCUUGCUUUUAAGAAGAACGACCAAGUUGAGGAGAUUAUCUACAAACGUUUUAUGCACUUUUGA